CCGCGCGGCCGCUAUUUUGGGCGCGCAAGGCCAACGCUGUCUUCGCGAGCAGCAGCAGCUGUUGUUGUUGUUUAUCGUCGUUUGUCUUUACAACAACAAACCCAUAUUUUAAGCCGUUAAUGAGUAGCGGGUCGGGCGUCCUCCCAAGUUGCGCCAAGUCGCUCAAAGCGUUCGCGUCUAAGCGAGCCGUCGGUUGAAGGCCGCGGCGUGGAGGCGGCGCCUUCCCGAGGCCUCCUUCGUUCCCCGCAGACACCGCCAUGGAGGACUCAGCGGACAACACGACGGUGAUCAAAGUCCUGAACUCCUUCCACAGCUACCUGUCCCAAGUGGAUUUGAGCGGACACGACAACAACACCACCACCCUGUCCAAUUCCAGCAAUGCCCUGCAGAACCAGUACCUGCGCAGCCUGCAGGUGGAGGAGCAGGUGGACCAGAGCCACUUCAAGUCCAAGCUCUACCACCUGGAGUGCGAGAACCAGAAGUUGGCUCUGUCGGCCAAGCGAGCACGCAUUGAGACGGAGCUGGAGCUGAACACCAGCGCUUGCAACUACGAGCGCGAGUUGAGCAAGAACCGAGAGCUGGCGCUGAAGUUGAAGCAUGCACAGGAGCGCGAGGCGGAACUGCAGGCCCAGUUGGAGGCGGCCACCGUCGCCGCCACCUCUCAUCGCCGCUGCAACGCCGAGAUCCAGCGUCUCACCAAAGAUAAGGAGGAACUGCUGCAGACGCAGGAGAAGCUGAACGUUGCCGAGUCGAAGGUGCUGGAUCUGCAGAGGGCGCUGAUGAACACGGACAUGAAGAUGACAAUCUUGUCCUCGGACCGCGACGAGGCCCAGAGUCGUCUGGACGAGCAAGAGCGACUGUGCCAGGAGGCGAAGGAGAAAGUUCAUGAGCUGGAAGGGGUGCAGACCCAGUUCGUGGAGCUGGAACUCAAGAAUAAGUCCCUGGAGCAGCAGCUGCACAAGAUGGAGGAGGACACGGUGGUGGUGCGGAGCAUGCGUUCUCAGCUGACGCGGCUGUUGGACGCUGAGAAGCAGAACAAGGCCCUGCAGGAAGAAAUCCGCUACCAUCGAGAGACACAGGAGAAGACGGCGCUGCUGAAGGAGGAGGUGCUUAGCCUGCGCUCCAAGACGGAGCGCUUCCAGCAGCUGCAGGAGCAGCACGCCCACCUGCUCGUGGAGAACGAGGAUUUACAGAACAAGCUGAAAACCUGGGAGUCGCUGGAUCAGGUCACUGGCAUGAAGGCAAAGAAUCCGACCGAUCUGAACAGGCAGCUGAGCUUGCUGCAGCACGAGCAGUUGCUGCAGGCGCAGAAGAACUCCAGCAUGGGUGCCACCGUGCGUGACGCGGUGCGCAACCGCCACCGGCUGGAGGAGGAGAAGAUCCGCCUGACGGCGCAGCUGCACGAGGCGGUGGAGCGCAAGCAGCAGGCAGAUCACCACGCGCAGAACCUGCAGCGACGAUGCAUGCUGCUUACUCGGGAGCGGGAUGGGAUGAGGGGCAUCCUGGACUCGUACGAUGAGGUCACCACCACCACGGGCUUCACCACCCAGCUGAGCCAGCGCGUGCGCGAGGCGGAGGCGACAGCGCAGCGCGUCAACGUCCAUACCCUGGAACUCGAGAAGCAGCUGGGAACAACGAAGAUGGAGGCCUUUAACUACAAGCUGAAAGCUCAGAAGCUGGAGGCCGACUUGACUGUGGAGCGCAGUCGGGUGUCGGCGGCCGCCAGGGAUUUCUCGCGGGACGAGGCCGACCAGCUGUGCAAGAAGAUCGAAGACCUCCAGGAGAAGCUGAACACCGUGACGGAGGAAAAGGGCGUGCUGGAGAUGAGGCUGGAGAUGCGAAGCCUCCAGGGAGAUUACGACCCGAGGCACACACGCGUGCUCCAGAUGAAGAUGAACCCACUCGCAGCGGCCCAGGAGCAGCACAAAAACGAGCUGCUGCGGCUACAGGACGAGUGCGACCGCCUGCGUGAGCGCGUGCGCCUGCUGGAGCAGGGGGGCGCCGUCGCCACAGCCGCCCUCCCCGAGCAGCCCGGCGACUCGGAGAGCGCCCUGCCCUCUCGCGUCAUCGCUGAUCUCAGGAAGCAGCUUGAGAGUGCAGAACUGAAGAACCUGCGUUUGAAGGAGGUGUUCCAGAUGAAGAUUCAAGAGUUCCGGAACGCCUACUACUCGCUCACAGGAUACAAGAUGGACGGCUCCACCGAGGGACAGUACAAGCUCUCGUCCAUGUACGCCGAGAGGGAGAACGACUACCUCCUCUUUAAGAACGCAGGGCAGAUGCAAUUGUUGGAAACGGAGUUUUCGCAAGGUUUGACAGACCUCAUCAGUCUGCACCUGCACCAGCAGAAGAGCAUCCCGGUGUUCCUGAGCGCUAUCACGCUCGAGCUCUUCAGCCGACAGACCUGCCCCACCAUGUCCCUCGCCCAACACCUGCCCCAAUAAUGCCCUACAUCUGCCCACACCCGUCUCACAACUGCCCCACUUCUGCCCAAAUUAUGUCCUACCAUCUGCUUAAACUCUCCCACUUGUGUCCCAUACCUGCCGAACAAUCCUGCCCCGUGCCUGCCCCGCUAAUAUCCUACACCUGCCCACACCUGUUUCAACUGCCCCACUCCUGCCCGGAUUAUACCCAAUACCUACCGCACAUAUGCCCCAAUUGCUUCAUGGUUUAGCCAUUCCGGUGCAUAUACUGGCAAUAAAACAUUGCAGCAAAUCACCCUGAGUUGGUGGAAGUUCUCGCUGGAUUUUAACACGAAGUCUAGGCAGACCUAUGCGUUGUGUUCAUUGGUAGGCAUGAUCCACUUUUUGCUGCUGCUGCUACUGUUUUGAAGUCAUAUUUUAUCCACUAUAUGUCGAGUACUAUUUUUUUCGCAGUACAACAAAGCACCUCUCAUGUUCUCUUCGUAACCGAGCCUGAGAUCUUCCAAAUAUCUGUUCGAUGUAUCUGGCUAUGAUAUGAACCUUUAAGUCGAUCAGGGUGGUGGGGGGAGUCAUCUCGAAGGGCAGUAAAACCGCUCGGAGCCAGAUUUGAGGGAGUCGCUCCAGUUAUGGGGGGGGGUGCCCGAUAUACUGCACAUAAUACAUUAUUACUACUGUACCUUUCAAUUGCAUUUACAGGUAAUUCAUACCAAAAACUUGAAAGUGGAUAACGGCGAUACAGUACUGUACUUGCAAUUCAAUGACAGUAUAUUUUAAUGCUAUUUGCGAUCAAGCAGAAGGCUCAUUGGGUGUCGAAGUACAUGUACAUUAACUUUUCUGGUUGGUUUGAAGAGUUUGUAAUCAAGUGAAAGAAGCAGAAUAAUAGCGGAACGUGGAUGGGAGGAGUUUCAAGGGCCCUGGUUGACCAAAUUCCACGGAACAGAUAUUUUACAUUUUUUUAAGUUCACAUCCAUGAUAAAUAAACUACUGUAUUGUACAAAUAAAUGUAUGCCGAUAUGUUUCAUUUUUGGUGUUUUCUCCCCAUGUGCUAUGAUGAAGGGCCAUUGCUAGAAACGUCGCCUGUUAUAUAUUUCGCUUUUUAGGCUACUGUUGUUUACGAAAGUGUUGAGAUUGGGUAGUAUUUUGUUAAUUCAUAGCGCGCACAAAGUCCGGUACUUUGAGAAG